AUGCAGGUUUUGACUGGCAACUUAACGUGUUUCAAUCACAGGAAAACGAGUGGCAUUCCUGCCCCUGAAUUGAUGGGAGCCAAGGUGGUUCGGACAAUCAAGAAGGAAGUGAUCCCGCCAUGUCUGCAAAGACAGAGCAUCGCAACAGUACGCUCGUCAUAUUCUGUACCGUAUCUUCGCAAUUUCAGCUGCUCGAGCAAAGUAUACUACAGACUGUACACCGAGGACGGCCCACUGAAAUCUUACAAUCCCAUCUAUUCCAAUGAUCUAUUCAUCAGCCGCGUUUCCUCCAAAUCAAUAGCGCCACCCCGUACAAUCGCUUCACUCCAAAAAUACCUCUGCAAGAUUGAGGGCUAUCAAGUUGAACCUGGAAAGUGCAACUUGUACCUCUCCCUCGGUGAAAUGACGCCCGUGGAAGGUUCCAGUCGUCUCGCACUCAGAGGGAAUUCUGGAUCGGGGUCGUCUGAGCUUGAUCCAGUGGCAUUGAUAGUUGCUGUAAAAGAGAAACGAACGAAGGCGCCGGAUAUGGUGGACUUGAAGAUGUUAGAUAAAUGGCCUGAGGAAGCCGCGAGGCGUUAUGCUUGCGCUAAACAUCAACCAGUCUAUUACCGCGUAUACGACGAGGGUGGAGAGUUCUCUUCAAAAACAUCCUUCGACCAUAGCGAGCCCUGUUUAGGUCGCAUCGACGCUGUCGCAGUUCCGCCACCUCACACUGUUGCUUCUCUCAAGCGUUGUCUUAUUCAAGCGGAAAAAUACGCUAAUUUUGAAUUUCAGUUGUUCGAAGAGGAUGACGAAGAGACUAUGUUGACUGACAGUGACGCCAUCGCUCUCCACGCUGACACUUACUUUCCAGGUAGUUCUGACGACAAUCCAAUAACACUUGUAUCCAAAACCGCACUUGAUCCCCUCUCAAAGAAACUCAGAGCAAUUUCUGGAUGCAUUCAUGUAUUUCAGGUAUGGUUCCAAUUGGCAUUCAACAACGACUGGGGAGACUUUUCUGACUGA